AUGAUUAGGCGCAAGUACUCAUGCACUUUGGGCAUGUUUAGUGUUGAUAAUUCUGCUGGCGAAAUUCAUGAAGAUGGACCUGUGAAUAAUCAACAACUUGACGAAUCGGGAAGUCAAGGUGCUGUUGAUGGAUUACCCUUCUUCAAUUCGACGGCGGAAUCAGUGAACUGCAGUGGUCGUGGAAAAGAAGGCGUAGCUGCUGAUACUACUUAG